AUGUUAACAAUAACCUCCGAUGCAGUAGAGUUGGACACUAUAACUUCAACUCAAUCUCUUUCAGAUGGGCAAACCAUGGUCACUCCAGACAGAACUUUUGAACUGGGAUUUUUCACCCCCUCAGGUAGUACUUCCAGGAAUCGAUAUUUGGGAAUAUGGUACAAGAAAAUAUCUCAUGGGACUGUGGUUUGGGUUGCAAACAGAGAUACUCCACUUACCGAUACCUCAGGAGGAGGUGUCUUAAAGCUCACCGACCGAGGAAUUCUCGUGCUUGUCAAUAGUACAAACACAAUCUUCUGGUCUUCUUCAAACUCAUCAUCAUCAAAUAACAACGCAGUGAACCCAGUUGCACAGCUUUUGGAUUCGGGUAAUCUUGUUGUCAAAGGUGCAAAUGAUGCUGCAAAUGAUGAGAAUCUGCUAUGGCAGAGUUUUGAUUAUCCGUUUGACACUUUGUUGCCAGGCAUGAAGUUUGGAAAGAACCUAGUAACUGGAAUUGAUAGGCAUAUAUGGUCAUGGAAGUCCAGUGAUGACCCUUCUAAAGGUGACUAUUCUUUUGGACUUGAUCUUCAUGGAUUUCCACAAUUUUUCCUCCUGAAAGGUUUGGUUGAGCGGUAUCGUGUUGGACCAUGGAAUGGUCUCCGCUUUAGUGGCGGAGUGGGUUUAAAACCAAACAGCAUCUUCACGUACCAUUUUGUUUUUGAUCAGCAGGAGGUGUAUUAUGAAUAUGAGCUUGUUAAUAGCUCAGUUCUCUCACGGCGGGUUUUCAAUCAGAAUGGAAUUGUACAGCGCUUGAUAUGGAAUUAUAAAACGCAGGAUUGGACAGUCUACGGGAAUAAUCCAUCAGAUGACUGCGAUUUUUAUGGGCGGUGUCAGGCGUAUGGUAGCUGCAACAUUGGCAACUUCCCAGUAUGUAGGUGUCUUGAUAAGUUUGUGCCAAGGUACCCAAAAGAUUGGGACGCAGCAGAUUGGUCAGGUGGGUGUGUUCGCAGAACACCCUUGAAUUGCCACAAUGGAUCAUCAAAUGGAUUUCUCAAGUAUUCUGGUGUUAAAUUGCCUGACACGCGGUAUUCCUGGUUUAAUAGGAGCAUGUCCCUCAAGGAAUGUGAGGUUGUAUGCUUGAAUAACUGUACUUGUAUGGCUUAUGCAAAUAUAGAAGUAACAGCAGGAGGAAGUGGCUGCUUGCUUUGGUUUGAUGACCUGAUUGAUAUUAGGGACCUCAGUGAAAAAGGGCAAGAUAUUUACAUAAGAAUGGCCUCCUCUGAGUUAGGACUGAUUAGACUCAGUCAAGAUAGAGAUUACGCCAGUGAAAACGAGAGGACAUAUUUAGAGUUGCCAUUAUUUGACUUUGAAACAAUAGCAAAUGCCACAAAUAACUUUUUGAUUGACAAUAAGCUUGGAGAGGGCGGCUUUGGACCUGUCUACAAGGGUGUGUUAGGAGAGGGACAAGAAAUAGCUGUGAAGAGACUUUCAAAGAUUUCAAGACAGGGACUCGAUGAAUUCAAGAAUGAAGUUCUAUGUAUUUCCAAACUUCAGCACCGUAACCUCGUCAAGCUUCUAGGUUGUUGCAUUCAAGAUGACGAAAGGAUGUUGAUCUAUGAAUACUUACCCAACAAAAGCAUGGAUUACUUCAUUUUCGAUAAAAAACAUAGCAUGUUAUUGGAUUGGCCUAAGCGGUACAACAUUAUCAACGGGAUUGCUCGGGGACUUAAUUAUCUUCAUCAAGAUUCCAGACUGAGAAUUAUCCACAGAGAUCUCAAGGCUGGCAAUAUUUUACUGGAUAACAAUAUGAACCCCAAAAUUUCAGACUUUGGCAUGGCUAGAAGUUUUGGAGGUGAUGAAAUGGAAGCAAAUACAAAUAGAGUGGUUGGAACACAUGGUUACAUGUCACCUGAGUAUGUAAUGAAUGGAUUCUUCUCGGUAAAAUCGGAUGUCUAUAGCUUUGGUGUAUUGGUGCUUGAGAUAGUUAGUGGGAGCAAAAACAGAGGAUUUUCGCAUCCAGACCAUAACCUCAACCUCAUAGGACAUGCAUGGAAACUUUAUAAAGAAGGCAAGCUUUUGGAACUGUUUGAUGCAUCGAUAUUGCAUUCAUUUGAUCUUACUGAAGCAUAUAGGUCAAUCCAUAUCGGUCUAUUGUGCGUGCAAGAAAGUCCUGAAGACAGGCCAAACAUGUCAUCUGUGGUUCUGAUGUUGGGUAGUGAGAGUGCAUUGCCUCAACCAAAAGAGCCUGGGUUUUACAAUGGAAGAAGGUUUCCUAGGGUAGAUUCAUCAUCAAGCAAGCCUGAAUCGUGUUCAGUCAAUCAAUUAACUGUAACAAUUUUGGCUCCUCGCUAGAAGAUGUUUCAGGUCAAUAUUUUGGUCCUCCACACCUGGGAAAAAAAAUCCGUGCAAGGCUCUUUUUCAACAGAAAAAGAAAAAAGAAAAG